GACCCCUCUUCUAUUGCUGCACUUUAUUCUCUCAAUACUUUGCCUUGCUCAUAACUAGCAUAAGAAGAGGUGAGAUUACAAUAACCCAUUCCUUCUUUCUCUCUCUAUUUCCUCCUCUCUUUAUUUAUGUCCCCCACAUUGUCUUCUUCUUCUUCUUUCUUCUCUCAGAAUCUCAUUGUCAUACUCCAAAAAACAUACUAAUCUACACAAUACGACUACUUUUGUGUUUACUUGACUGUCUCAAUCCCUCUCUUUCUUCCCCUUCAUUUGUCUUUUGCUAUGUUUCCCUCUCAUUUGGCUUCCCCUGUUUUUUCCCCCAUUUUCCUGUGAGCUUCAAAUUAUAUUCAAUGUGUUGAAUGAACAAAAUUCCUAACUGGGUUCUGUUCAUUUUGCCUCCUUGUUCAAAACCCAGAAACCAAUUUGCUUACAAUCUUGUAUUUUCUUUAAUUUCUUUCUAGUUUCUCCUUACCAUUUAAAGGGGGAAAAUCAAUUUUUUCUUGUUCUUUUUUUUUUCACAUUUCUGGUUUAGAAGUUUUAAUCAUUGGUUUGGGAGUGUAGAUUUGAUCCUAUUCAUCAAUCUACUGUUGGGAAUAUUGCACAUUUCUUCUUCUUUUUCUUUUUUUUUUUUAAUUAAAUUUGUGCAAAUUUGUUGCACAAAUUAAUUGUGAAAUUAAGUGCCCCAUAAAAUAAGGGUGUGGGACUGUGGGGAUUGACGGAUUGUCCUUCCUGUAUGAAGUACUGAAAACAAUGACAGAUGGGAGCUCCAAAAAGAACAAGCUUUCAUGGCCAAAGACAUUGGUAAAGAAAUGGUUGAACAUCAAGAGUAAAGCUGAAGAAUUUCAUGCGGAUGAUGAUGUCUUCUAUGAAGGUUGUGAUGAAGAUUGGAGAAACAAUUACACACAGAGAGAAGCAUGCACACUCAAGAAAAGCAAGACAGAAAGAUCAUGUAGGAGGAGUUCUGACCGGGCUCGGCGAAUUAAGGUUGAUUUAGAAAAAUCUCAAGUCACUGAUGUUGAAAAUUAUAGGAUCUUUGUAGCUACAUGGAAUGUGGCAGGAAAAUCUCCACCUAAUCAGUUGAAUCUUGAAGAUUGGCUACACACAUCACCACCUGCUGACAUUUAUGUUCUUGGCUUUCAAGAAAUUGUUCCUCUAAAUGCUGGUAAUGUUUUGGGUACAGAAGACAAUGGUCCUGCUAAAAAAUGGCUAGCAUUAAUUAGAAGAACCCUAAACACUCUUCCUGGUUCUAAUGGUUACUAUCAAACACCUUCACCAAUCCCUGAUCCUAUUGUAGAAUUAGACGCCGAUUUUGAGGGAUCAACAACGAGGCAAAAGGCCGCCUCAUUUUUCCAUAGGCGGUCGUUUCAGUCGCUUAGCCGUAGCAUGAGAGUGGAUAAUGAUAUGUUGGACCCCCAACCGCGGCUUGAUAGAAGAUAUAGUGUUUGUGACCGAGUUAUGUCCGGAUACAGGGCUAGUGACUAUGACCCUAAUUACACCAAAUGGUGUUCCUCAGAUGAUGAAAACACGAAUGAGUCACCCGUUGUUCCACAUUGCUCACCCAUGUCGUUCUACAAUGGGUCUAAUCCCGGGGAAGAGACUGAAAAACAAAGAGGUCAGUCUAGGUACUGUUUGGUUGCAAGCAAGCAAAUGGUGGGAAUUUUUCUCACCAUUUGGGUAAGGAGUGAUUUAAGAGAUGAUGUUCGGAAUAUGAAAGUGUCGUGUGUAGGAAGAGGACUCAUGGGCUAUCUCGGGAACAAGGGUUCAAUUUCAAUUAGCAUGUCUUUGCACCAAACGAGCUUUUGCUUCGUUUGUAGCCAUCUAACUUCGGGACAAAAGGAGGGUGAUGAGCUAAGAAGAAAUUCUGAUGUAAUGGAAAUACUUAGAAAGACUAGAUUUCCUAGGGUUCCUGGCACGGGCGAUGAGAAUUCCCCUCAGUAUAUUUUGGACCAUGAUCGAGUUAUUUGGCUUGGGGAUUUGAAUUAUCGGAUUGCAUUAUCCUACCGUUCUGCCAAGGCUCUCGUUGAGAUGAGAAACUGGAAAGCUCUGUUACAGAAUGAUCAGCUGCGAAUUGAGCAGAGACAGGGGCGUGUUUUUGAAGGAUGGAGUGAAGGGAGGAUAUACUUCCCACCUACAUACAAGUAUUCCCAUAAUUCGGAUAGAUAUGCAGGUGCUGAUACUAGUCAAAAAGAGAAGCGAAGAACACCUGCAUGGUGUGAUCGGAUCCUCUGGUAUGGGAGAGGCGUCCGUCAACUAUCCUACGUGCGUGGAGAAUCUAGGUUCUCGGAUCAUAGGCCAGUUUACGGCGUGUUUCUAGCAGAGGUAGAGUCUAUCAGCCGAGGCAGAAUCAGGAAAAGUAUAAGCUGCUCUAGUGCCCGGGUUGAAGUGGAAGAGCUAUUACCACAACAACAUGGAUAUGCAGGAUUCAAUUACUACAAAAGGGAUUGAUUUUUUUGAAAAAAAAUUAUACAAUUAGAAAAUACGUGUCGCAACUCGCAAACAAUUAUAAGGUGUUUGUUCCAUGUUUAGGUGGACAUUGCAAAAGAACCCUUGAAAGGUAGUGGAACUACAGAGCUGCAAUGGGUACACUCGGUAUAAUGGGGGCGAUGGCGAUAGCGACAUUUCACCAUCUUCCCUACCCGAAAAAG